CGGGGGAGAAGGAGGAGCAAACGGACUUGGGGGCGGCUGCACAGUCUCCGGGAUCCCCAGGCCUGGAGGGGGGUCUGCGAGCGGCCGGCAGGCUCUGCCCCCCGUCCGGUCCCGAGCGGGCCUCCCUCGGGCCAGCCCUAUGUGACCGGGCCCCGCUGAGCCUGAUCAAGGAACCGGUCCGUCGCGGAGCCGUAGGGCGGGAGGAACAUGACAUCGCGGAGAUGGUUUCACCCGAAUAUCACUGGCGUGGAGGCGGAAAACCUACUGUUGACAAGAGGAGUGGAUGGCAGUUUUUUGGCACGGCCCAGUAAAAGUAACCCCGGAGACUUCACACUUUCUGUCAGAAGAAAUGGAGCUGUCACCCACAUCAAGAUUCAGAACACUGGUGACUACUAUGACUUGUAUGGAGGGGAGAAGUUUGCCACUUUGGCUGAGUUGGUCCAGUAUUACAUGGAACAUCAUGGGCAAUUGAAAGAGAAGAAUGGAGAUGUUAUUGAGCUCAAAUAUCCUCUGAACUGUGCAGAUCCUACCUCUGAAAGGUGGUUUCAUGGACACCUCUCUGGGAAAGAGGCAGAGAAAUUGUUAACUGAGAAAGGAAAACAUGGUAGCUUUCUUGUACGGGAGAGCCAGAGCCACCCUGGAGAUUUUGUUCUCUCUGUCCGCACCGGAGAUGACAAAGGGGAGAGCAACGACGGCAAGUCUAAAGUGACCCACGUCAUGAUCCGCUGUCAGGAAUUGAAAUAUGACGUUGGUGGAGGAGAACGGUUUGACUCUUUGACAGAUCUCGUGGAGCAUUACAAGAAGAAUCCUAUGGUAGAAACGUUGGGCACAGUACUACAACUCAAGCAGCCCCUCAACACAACUCGUAUCAAUGCUGCUGAAAUAGAAAGUCGAGUUCGAGAACUAAGCAAAUUAGCUGAGACCACAGAUAAAGUCAAACAAGGCUUUUGGGAAGAAUUUGAGACACUACAACAACAGGAGUGCAAACUUCUCUACAGCCGAAAAGAGGGUCAGAGGCAAGAAAAUAAAAACAAAAAUAGAUAUAAAAACAUCCUGCCCUUUGACCAUACCAGGGUUGUCCUACAUGACGGUGAUCCCAAUGAGCCUGUUUCAGAUUACAUCAACGCAAAUAUUAUCAUGCCUGAAUUUGAAACCAAGUGCAACAACUCAAAGCCCAAAAAGAGUUACAUCGCCACGCAAGGCUGCCUGCAAAACACAGUGAAUGACUUUUGGCGGAUGGUGUUUCAAGAGAACUCUCGAGUGAUUGUCAUGACAACGAAAGAAGUGGAAAGAGGAAAGAGUAAAUGUGUCAAAUACUGGCCUGACGAGUACGCUCUGAAAGAAUACGGGGUCAUGCGCGUCAGGAACGUCAAAGAAAGUGCCGCUCACGAUUAUACAUUGAGAGAACUUAAACUUUCGAAGGUUGGACAAGGGAAUACGGAGAGAACGGUCUGGCAGUACCACUUUCGGACCUGGCCGGACCACGGAGUGCCCAGCGACCCGGGGGGCGUGCUGGACUUCCUGGAGGAGGUCCACCAUAAGCAGGAGAGCAUCAUGGACGCGGGGCCGGUGGUGGUUCACUGCAGUGCUGGAAUUGGCCGGACGGGGACGUUCAUUGUGAUUGAUAUUCUUAUUGACAUCAUCAGGGAGAAAGGCGUCGACUGCGACAUUGACGUUCCCAAAACCAUUCAGAUGGUGCGGUCUCAGAGGUCAGGGAUGGUCCAGACGGAAGCGCAGUACCGGUUCAUCUAUAUGGCCGUCCAGCAUUAUAUUGAAACACUACAGCGCAGGAUCGAAGAAGAGCAGAAAAGCAAGAGGAAAGGGCACGAAUACACAAAUAUUAAGUAUUCCCUAACGGACCAGGCAAGUGGAGAUCAGAGUCCCCUCCCACCUUGUACCCCAACGCCAUCCUGUGCAGAAAUGAGAGAAGAUAAUGCUAGAGUCUAUGAAAAUGUGGGUCUGAUGCAGCAGCAGAAAAGUUUCAGAUGAGAAGACGCACCAAGACUUCAAGCACAGAAAUGGAUAUGGACUUUCACCCUCUCCCUGAAAAGAUUAAGAACAGAUGCAAGAAAGUUUACAUGAAGAAUGAAUUUGAAUUUGGAAGGCUUGCAUUGUGGUUGACUACCUUUUGAUAAGCAAAAUUUGAAACCAUUUAAAGACCACUGUAUUCUAACUCAACAAUAUGUGAUUUCUAAUCUCAUGUCCUCAAAUAAGAAGAAAUCUCUACAAUGUAGACAGUGUUAUAUUUUAUGGAAUUUUAUUUUAGACUGAGGAAGCAGUUAAAAUGUGUUCUCUAUUUUACAGAUGAUGUUGACUCAAAUUCUAGUUAUUGGCAUUUUUUUUCUUUUGAUAACCUCAACAAAUUUAAUUUUUUCCUCCUCUUUGUGGGGAAUGAUAGGGCACUUUUAAGAGGAAAAAUGAUUUGGGAUAAUUAAGUAACAACGUCCUAUGAAAGUGAAAACAAUUUCAUGUAUCAUCACUUAUCCAGUAGUGGAUAGUUUAUUUUGACGGCCUCUUAUUUUGGCUAAAUAAUAAUUAAGUCAGUGCCCCAGACUGUCUACCUUUGUAUUACCAUUAAAAAAUCAUGGGGGAAAAAAAUCAUGGGAACUUAGGAUAAAAGGCACGCUUUCUUCUUAGCAGUUGACCAGUCAGCUUGUUGACUGAGAAGUUUGUGGUGGACAAACGUUUGCCAUCUUUUCUUUUCAUUUGAGUAACUGUCUUGUAUUUAGAAAAAACAAAGGCAUCGAUGAAUAACCAGUGUUUUGGUUAUCAUUUAUUGCUGACAACCCAAAACUUAGUGGCUUAAAACAACAACUUGCUUUUCCCCACUGUUUUUCAGUCUGGGCUGGGCCCCGCUGAACUGUUCCUCUCUUUGUCUUGCUGGUUAUCUCUCGUGGUCAGCGAGAUGGCUGGACCUCUCCAUCUGCAGGUGGUCCUCAGGUAUCCCCUUCUCCAUGUGGCCUCGCCAGCAGGGUAGCUGGACCAUAUUCAUGGCAGCUCAGAGGUCCCAAGAGUAUAAAGCAGUAGUGACCGGGCCUUCUUAAGACUUAAACCCGGAACUGUCACAGCAUUGCUUCUACUAAUGAUUAAAACCAGUCCCAGGCCCAGCCCAGACUCUAGGAAGAGGGCAUGAGAGUGUGAAGUGGAGGUGAGGUUCAUUGGAGACCCCCAGCCAUUGAGACUGUCGGAACCAGUGUCAUGGAAAAAGAGCUGAAAACAAAAAAAGUUAGCAAAAGUAGAAGCUGCUAGUGACCCUGGGAAGCUGAAGCUGGUUGUGACAGCUGGUGUAAGCUGGAAGUCGGACAGAAGCAGAGGGCCUUCAGUGAGCUUCCUGAACCAGUUCUGCUGGCUCUGAGCGUAUUUUCUGAGCCAUCACUUGGGGAAACUGGUCUCAUCAGGAUGGUUGUGUUUGGGAGGGCAGAGCAUUUGAAAGCAGAACCACCCCAUGGCCACGGCCCCUGCAGAGGGAGGUGAAUGGGGCACUUUCUUCACGCCCCUGGUUUUGGUCGGGCCCCGCACGCAGGCUCGCAGCCGGGCUGCAGUGAGGAGGGGCAGUUCUAAUGAGGCCGCUAAUCAGCCAGAAUUAGCAGUAGCUCAUUUUUGUUUUAACCGAGCAGUAAGAUUUGCUAAUGUUCUACCUGAAGUGCCUUCUCCAAAGCCAUCCCUCUUUGCCCGGUGUGUUGAAUCAUCAUUCAGUGACUGCAUUUCAAUUAAAGUAUCAUUGGUGGCCUUUGAAAGAUAAUAAAAUGCCACGGCAGCUCUGCCAUUAAGUCAUGGUCUCCUAAAUCGGAUUCUUCUUGCUUUGUCUCCUGAAAUGGAAGGGCGAGAUCCAGCCCUGUUAGUAGUUCCUUUCUGGUGUCUUUACCUCCCUUGAAACUCUGAGGUCGUCUGGGGAGACUGGCUGCCAUUUUCAGAUAAAACGUACAUUGAUUUUCUGCCCACCCACCUCCCGCACCCAUCUAUGGAACUUAGAAUUGCUUCAGAACACACGUGUGGCCUGACGGUAAUUACCUUAUAAGAAGGAUGUAAAUGACUACUGUCUUAUUGUCAAGCCUGUAAAGAAAGAGAUUCCAGGUCAGUAUUUGCAACAAGGAUCUUGAAUCCUGUUACUCUUAUUGCAUUGCCACAGUGAAUGGUUCUCAUUUUGCCUCGAUUUUGUGAUAACGUUUGACUUCGGGGGCAGGGUCUCUCACCAGCAUACAAGGGUUUGCUUGUACAAUAUAUCUGCUGCAUUAACGUCUCUGCCUGUAGCUUAAGAUCAGUUGUGUUUGCACUUGGAACGGAAACACCUGAUCUAGACCAGCUUCGUUUGUAAUAGGACAUUGAUUUCAUUUGGAUUUCCCUCCACGAAGUCAACAAACCAUCCUGUGAUAUAAACUGAUGCCAAGACACGGUUGUAAUAGUCCCUAGGUUGCUGAGGUUUGUCGUGUGUUUGGUAAAGGUGAUAGCAGGUUCUCAGAUGAGAUUAUGCGGGAUGGAUUCAGGUGUGGGGAGUGGCUGUGAGGAUUGGGGCGGAGGUGCAGCUUGAGUGCGGGUGUGAAAAAAAAUAGUGGAAAUGAAAGUUCCAAAGAGGUGGUUUCUGAGGAAGUCAGAGGGCCUGGGGCCACAACAGUCAGUAACGGUUGAAUCAGGUUACCUGGAAAACAGGUGUGAUAGAUGCAUGUCUGCCACCUGCUUCUGGGUUGCUGGUGGACAUUAAAUUUGCACAAUAUCCCAUAGCUGGCUAAGUAUUUAAAAAUGAUAAACAUAAGAUUUUCUAUUUGGGGUGAAGAAAUUAUCUGGCACAUGGUAUUGGGUUGUUUUUUUUUUUAAAGCCAAAUUUCAAAGUCUUAAUAGCUUUUUUUUUUUUUAAACAACAACAACAACCAAAAAGACACCUUAUAGCCAGAGUGUGGCCCUCCUGCAGAUUCUGGUCAUCUCUCUCAUCAAAAUCAAUAACUUUCCAAAUGUGGCUAAAUGGGGCUGCGAAAACACAUGCACGACUUUCUUGGUGUUUGUGCGUCCUUUACGGAGCCCAGUUGCUUUAGAACAGGCAAGAAAAAUCAUCUGGAUUAUUUUUAGGGGUUAUUAAGGGGUUGUUAAGGGUUUACUGGGAUUUUUAAGAACUAAUAUAAUAUCCUGGGUUAUUUCUAGUUCAGAGGAAUGUGGAAAAGGUAUGCAAUUGUGAACUGUUUUGUUGUAGCUUAUUAAUCCAUAAGGGACACUUAGACUGUAGACAUAAGUACAAACCCAGUGCGGUUUUUUGUUUUGUGUGUUGUUGGGGGAAUGAAGUUUUGUAUAGCAAGCACAUGGCCUCCCCGAUUUCAAUAUGCCUUUCUUAGGAUCUGUGUUAGCCCUUAAUUUCGUUGAAAUCUUUUCCCCUCUUCCUCUUGAAAAAUAAGUUCCAAAAUAUAGUUUAUUGUAUCUUCCAUCUUUAAAAAAAGUUUGUUCCUUUUUUGCUAUGGGCGGUUCACACAAGGCAGCAAUAUUAAACAGUUGGUUUUAGCGUGUUGUAUAACUUUGCUGUAUAUCAAACUAAUUUUUACAAGUUUUCAUCCUAAACCUCAAAUCAUGUAAUUAAUAAUUUGCCUGUUUAUUUAUGACCUAAUUGUGAUUCUUUUAUUAAUAAAAGCUAAUGGGAAAGGAUCCUUUCUUAAGCUGAUGACUAGGCCUACAGUUAAUUUUCCUGCAGUAUAUGAAGUAUUGUACCAGAGUAUUAAAAGAUAUGUAAUAUUUUAUUGAUAAAUCUAUCCUUUAAAAGGAAUACGUUUUAGGAUGUCAUCAUUUUGAUGUGAAUCAUGUAAAUGUUGAUAAUAUGCACUGUUUAUUAUACAUUUAGUGUUUCAAGAGAUUCACUUAAUUGCCUUUUUUGCCCACGUAUAUUAUGUAGUCUGUUUGCAGUUGUUUUAAAAAAAAAAAGUGACAUUAAAAGAAUAGUUUAUGUAGAGAAACAUUAGUGGAUGUUAAUUGUCUCCCCACCUGUAUUUAUGGGUGUUAGUUCAACUGCUUUGCUACUUGCAAAGCUGUAUUAUCAGAGUAAAAGUGUAUUUGUAAACUGUAUGGGAACUAAAACUUAGGAAUAAAACCAUUUUCUUAUAUUACAGUAUUUGUCAUUUACUUCAUCAGAAAUGUCCAGGAAAAACUGGGAUUAGGGGUCCCUGAACCUCUGACACUAGAGAAAUGCUGGCAUUCGGCAGCUCUUAGCUAGAUGGGAACUUGGAAUAUGGAAUAAAUGAAUCAGUUCUUCAGGCAUUUAUUGAAUGCCUACGUUAUGAAUACCUUUGGGAGACGGAAAGGAAAUUUUAUUUGGAAGAACUUUGAGUAAGUAGCAAAUAAGAAGUGUGUCUGUGUAACAUACAGGAAAUGAUUAGAAAACAGAACUGAAUGUAAAUAGUAUUGGAUGGGGAUAUGAAGUAAAGCUAUGAUAAAGGAGGCUUGUAGGAGUAAAUUAUGUGCUGUAGGACACCAGCUGUUCCCUUCACGUAGAUUUAGGCCUCAGUCCUCAUACAAAUCAGGGCCAUUUGCUUCUCCUGGAAGCACUGCACCGACACUGGCAGAAAGAAAUCAUUUUUAUAAACAACAAAACUCAUUCUCUCUGAUAAAUCUAAGGAGUGCUUUGUAUUACUUAUUUAUGGUGUAAAAAACUAUUGCCCUCCUCUUGGUCUCAACUGAUUUCUUAAUGCAUGUAAAUUAGAUGCAGCUGGUUUUAGCUGGCUGGCCCGGUCAUUUAUCCAUUCAAGAAAUACGGAGCACCUUCGAAACGCCACGUCCUGCAUCUGUGCUGGUCACGGGGGCUAGGCAGUGACUGACACAGACAUGGGGGUGAUGUUCUAACGGGAACUAGGUCUUGAACACGUCAGAAGGCAGUUAAUUAUACUUGGGAUAAGCGCUACUAAAGAUACAGGGUGCUAAGCAAAGCGGGAAUAGCAGGAAUUAGACAACCAAUUCCAAUGAACCAAUUUGUUUUUAUUUUUUAAAAAGUUCCCCCCUUAGGCUUAAAGCUCUUCCGAAUUUAAAAAUCGGGUGUAUUUUUUUGAAUAGGUAACACACUCACCUAGAACAGGGAAGUCUCUCCUCCACGCCUACUCGCAUGAAGUGUUUCCCACUAACCCCGAGGACCAAGAGCAACUUUGAACAUAGGUCUCGCUGUAAAGGUGCUGGUUCCAAGGGUUUAGACUUGUUACUUGGACGUGUGAUACUAAAUUGUCCCCCCUUGAGGCUGAACCUGGUUACAGCCCUCCCAGCCUCUUUCCUCACACCUUUGUCAAACUACCUUCCAUCAAACUUGGACCCUUGUCGGUCUGAUAGGCGAACAGUGACAGUUCAGUAUAACUAUAUUUGCAUCUCUCUUAAAAAAGGAGGCUGAACAUCUUUUCAGAUGCCUUGUAUCUGCCUUUCUGUGAACUCUUUAUGUCAUUUGACUGUUUUUCCCCUAGCGCAUUCUGGAUCUGUCUUUUUUCGAGUUUAGGAAUAGAGAUACUUAAUUCUCGAUGACUGGCUAACCUGACUGGAAUUAUGAGUCAUCAGGAUCAAUGUCUAGAAAACGCUCCUGAGGUGCUCGCGGGGUGCGCCUGUCUGCGCGCGGUGGCUGUGGCCGCGCUGUGACGGGCGUUCUCGGUGGGGGUGCGCGCAGCAGCCGGGGAGCGCGUUCUCGGCGUCGCUCUGUGCCAGCCCUGACUGUGAAACCAGUCUUAAUUAUCCAGGCCAGUGAGUUCAGAAUGCCUUCAGAUUUUCUUUCAGAUUCAAAAACUCUAAAGAAUCUGCAUGCACGCAUCUGUUCAGCCACUUUUUAAUGAGUCCAGUGAGCCACUGCUAUGAGGAACACAAAACAAGUAUCUGUCUUAAUCCCUGUCUUAAAGGACUUUGUGGCCAAUUUAGGCAAAGGAGACACUUAGGCGGAAUACAAGAUGGAAAAUGAAACAGCUCUGGAUGACGCCUGGAUCAUGACUAAAAAGUAGAAGGAAAUGAUGUUAAUACGCUUCAUUUACUAAGUGACAGUUACAUGCCAAAUACCAGGAGAGGCGGUAAACAGGCGAUUUUGAAACCUGUGAGGCAGGUACCCUCCUGUCUUUUGCUAACCGCCAUACACCCCAUGCCGAGUGUGGUGCCCCAGGAACUUAGCAGUUGUAGGACGAAUGGCUGAUCUCCAUUUUACCGAUGAGUAAACUGAGAUUCAGGCACACGAACUGACUUAGGAGAGGCCCCACUCACCUAGUACGUGGGGAGCUAGGAUUUGAGGCCAGCUGAGGCUGUCUGCCGCCUCCUUUUCACCACACUGACCCCUGAGGAGUCCCAGGGAGAGUGACGGCUUCUCACUUGCUGUGGGUGAGAGGAUGGGGAGAGAUGGGGGACGUGGAGGGGUGGGCAGGCAGGCAGAGCCACAGGGCAGAAGAGCACAUGCUUUAGGGGGUGAUCACCUUAGCUGGAGCCCGUACCUGAAGGCAGGAGUGGGAGAUGUGACUGAAAAGGCACGCAGGGCUGUGAUCAAGGAGGGUGGCCUUAUUUUUGUUUUGGACAGAAGACAGACAACUAUUUUUUUUUAAACAGCUUUAUUGAGAUAUAAUUCACCUUCCAGUCCAUACAAUUUACCACUGUAAACUAUACCGUUCGGUAGUUUUUAGGCUAUCACAGGUACGUACAACCAGAUCCACAGUCAGCUUUAGAACUUUUCCAUCACCCCCAAAAGAAACCCUGUUCCCUUCAGCCAUUACUUCCCAGCCCCUCCCCAGCCCUCCUAUUCCUAAGCAAAAACAAAAAACCUUUUUAAUAAACUUUUUGUAUUUAAAUCAUAAGAUUUCAGGGAGCCCUUGCCCCAUCUGUCUUAGGUCAAAGUCUGGAGAGAAGUGGGGCCUAUGAUGAGGACUCCUGGGUAAGUGAUCUGCAGAAGGAAGGUCCUCUGGAGAAGGGGAGUGGUGAGGGGGGCAGGAGAGAGCAGGAGAGAAGCAGCUUUGGUCUCAAGUGGAGGCAGAACCGCCCUGACCCCCUGGGGCCAGCUGUGAGCCAUCACCCCCAGUGCCAGGAGAAGGCUGCACCAGCCACUUGAAAAUCUGGGCGGACGCUCUCGGUGUCUCCUCCACUAGCACAGGACAUGGCAUGGCCACCACCCUGUGAGGCCAGAAACCCAGGGAUCUUCCUUGACCCCUCCCCAGCAGCCAGUUCCGUCUACUCUCCUAAAGCACAGAUCCCGACCUAGUAGGUCGCGUCUCCCUAGCUCUGCUACUGCCACCCUAGUCCAGCCACUGCUGUUUUCUGAAGGUCAGGGAGACAGGGCAGCAGUGUUCCCGGAAACAGGUAAGAUCUGAAGUGGCCUCCAUUUCUGCUCAUGCUCCGCUACUGCCUUUCUCCACACACAGCUAUCUCAUAAACACACAUGCUGGAUUCCCCUGCCCUCGGGUGGCUUCCCAUCACACCCAGAAUAAAGUCCAAAUGCCUUACCGGGAUUUCGGAGUGGACAGAACUUCACUGUGUGGGACUCUUUGGCAUAUCUGAGGAUAUUUUGCAUCCCUGGCCCCCAUCCAGUAAAUGUCAGUGGUCCCAUAGUCACUAUGACAACAAGCUCGCCCCAAGCAUUACCAGGUUUCCCUGGAGGGAGUUAGCAUUCCCUUGGUUGAGAUGCUCUGGCCUCUGUCCAUGUCUCUAUGCUGACCAAGCAGUGAUACAUUCACAUCAUAUAUCAAACACUUUUCCAGACUCUGUCGUCUUCCUUUCUCACCUCCCUUCAUCCACACUGGCUCCUUUCUAGUCCUCAAAUGUCCCAAGCCGAUUCCUGCUGCAGGAUAUUUGCACAUGCUGAUCCUCUUUCCUGAAAUGCUCUCGCUCUAGAUCCUCACAUGGCUGACUUGUUGUCAUUUAUGUUUCAGUUCAAAUUUCAUCUUCUUAAAGAUACCCUUCUGGACCACUCUAAGCAAAGUGGACACCACCCGAGUCACUCUCUAUCAUGUCACUCUGUCUUGUGUCCUUCCCAGCACACUUCACUACCUGAAAUUAUUCUGCUCUUUAUUUUUUGGUCAAUUGUCUGUCUUCUCCACUGAAAUAUCAGCUCCGAGAGGACAGAGACUUCUUUGCUGUAUCCCUAGUGCCUAGAACAGCACCUGGCAUAGGGCUUGCAUUGGCUCUGUGGAUUGCUUUGGGUAGUGUGGCCAUUUUGAUAGUGUUGAUUCUUCCAAUCCAAGAGCACAAGAAAUCAUUCCAUCUCUUUGUGUCAUUUCGGCUUUCGGAGUAUAGGUAACCUCCUUGGUUAAGUUCAUUUCUAGGUAUUUUGUUGUUUUUGAUGUAAUGGAAAUGUUUAUGCUGGUUAUAAAAUUCUGGUUUUUGAAGUGAAAAAAAAAGUGAAUGAAGGGUCACAAAUGGCAAAGUAUCCUUCUUUCUUAUGGGUGAGUUGUAUUUCAUUACACAUAUAUAUGCUGCAUCUUCAUUAUCUAUUCAGCUAUUGGUGUGCACUUAGGAUGCUUCCGUAUCUUGGCAAUUAUAAAUAAUGUUGCUGUUAAUCGCAGGGUGUAUGUAUUUUUUUGAAUUAAUUCUCAUUUUGUGGUUGGCUUUAUUCCUUUGAUAACUGUGUAAGUUUAAAAAGCUAAAGGUCUAAACGUUCUUAGAAACAAUGAACAGUACGUAUAUGUAAAUUAAAAAAUACAUGUGCAGAAAAAAAAAAAAAAAAAAGAAA